UUCCCAAGGGGGAAGAAGGAGCCGACUGAGUGCCGGGAGACAUCCGGGUUGUGUAGGAGCUCGGGGAGACGAAACUCGCGAGCCUGGAAGAAGGGGAUCCUCCAGCAGGGAGCCUGGAUUCAGAGGGAAUGGCCCCUGGGAGCAGCCGAGCCCCAGCCCAGGAGACAGUGACAUUUAAGGAUGUGGCUGUGGACUUCACCCAGGAGGAGUGGGGCCUCUUGGACCAUCCUCAGAAGGAGUUGUACAAGGAGGUCAUGGUGCAGAAUGCAUGGAACCUGCUCUCCCUGGGGUUUCCAGUUCCCAGAGAAGAUGUGAUCUCCUAUUUUGAGCAAAGGGAAGCAGCAUGGAUGCUAGAGCAAGAAGGCCUGAGGAGCCUCUGUCCAGAAGGAGAGAUCAGACUUGAAGUGAAGAAGAAGACUCCUGCAGUCCUAAGCCUUUCUGUGGAAGAAAGUCAGGAGCAAAGAUUCAUGGGUGAUGGUCCCUGUGACUUCACUUGGAGAGAAAUCUGUGCUCUUCAUCGGGGAAUCCACACUGGAGAAAAACCUUAUGAAUGUAAUCAAUGUGCAAAGGCUUUUAGACUCAGCUCCAGUCUUGCUAAACAUCAGAGAAUCCACACUGGAGAGAAAAAUAAUGAAUGUAAUCAGUGUGGAAAGACUUUCAGAGGCCGCUCCCAUCUAGCUAAACAUCAGAGAAUCCACACUGGAGAGAAACCUUAUGAAUGUAAUCAAUGUGGAAAGGCUUUUACACAGAGGGCCAAUCUUACCCUACAUCAGAGAAUCCACACUGGAGAAAAACCUUAUGAAUGCAGUAAGUGUGAAAAGGCCUUCAGAAGCAACUCCUUACUUGUUGAACACCAGAGAAUCCACAGUGGAGUGAAACCUUAUGAAUGUAAUCAGUGUGGAAAGGCCUUUACACUGAGGGCUAAUCUUACCCUACAUCAGAGAAUCCACACAGGAGAGAAGCCUUAUGAAUGUAAUCAAUGUGGAAAGGCUUUUACACAGAGGGCCCAUCUUACCGUACAUCAGAGAAUCCACACGGGAGAGAAACCUUAUGAAUGUAAUCAGUGUGGAAAGGCCUUUACACUGAAGGCCCAUCUUACCAAACAUCAGAGAAUCCACACAGGAGAGAAACCUUAUGAAUGUAAUCAAUGUGGAAAGGCUUUUACACAGAGGGCCAGUCUUACCGUACAUCAGAGAAUCCACACUGGAGAGAAACUUUGUGAAUGUAAUCAAUGUGGAAAAGAUUUUAGACUUAGCUCCAGUCUAGUUAAACAUCAGAGAAUCCACACUGGAGAGAAACCUUUUGAAUGUAAUCAAUGUGGAAAGGCUUUUCGUGAUAGCUCCAGUCUAAUUAAACAUCAGAGAAUCCACACUGGAGAGAAACCUUUUGAAUGUAAUCAGUGUGGAAGGGCUUUUAGUGUUAGCUACAGUCUAGUUAGACAUCUGAAAAUCCACACUGGAGAGAAACCUUAUGAGUGUAAUCAUUGUGGUAAAGCUUUUUCACAGAAGUCCUCUCUUUCUUUCCAUCAGAAAAUCCACACUGGGGAAAAACCUUAUGAAUGUAAUCAGUGUGGAAAGACUUUUAUACGGAAUACCUAUCUUAGAGUACAUCAGAGAAUCCAUGCUGAGGAGAAACCUUUUGCACUGCUAAUGGAAUAGGAAGAUCUUUUCCAUCCAUUAAUAGGCCUAUGUGACCUACUUUGAGCCUGAGUCACAUAGAGCCUAUGUAGAGGAGCUUGCUGAACAUGUGGAACAGGAAGAGUGGCUGAGGCAGAGUUGAGAGAGACAGCAGACAGAGAGAGCAGCUAGUAGGAGUGAAAGAGAAGGGCAUUAUGCCUAAGGGUGCUUGUUUGUGAGGAGGCCUGGUAGAGGGAAGGCUUGGGGAUGGUGGUAUUCCCUACAUUGGUAAUGUGUAAAAAUGUCUUUAUUACUAUGGUGGAUUUGGCUUUCUGGCAUCUGAAUAAAUAUCUUGCUUUCAUCUUUGAGGAAGACAGUGUGGUAUAUUCUGUGAUUCA